AUGGGUAGCACUAGAAGUGAUGUCUUCACUGAGAAAGGGUUUACAAAUUGGAGGAAAGGACCCAAAAAUCUCCGAGCCCAUGAGAGAGGUGUUGGAAGUCUUCAUAAUAAAGCUGUACAACAAGUUAGAGAUUUGAUGACACAAAAACAACACAUUGAAACAUUUGUGAUUAAGCAAACCGAUGAAGCUCGCAAUAAUUAUAAUACUUUAUUUAGUGCUUCACUUAAGUGCACAAGAUGGUUGUUGGAACAAGGUUUGCCUUUUCGUGGUCACGAUGAAUCAUUGAAAUCAAGCAAUAGGGGUAAUUAUUUGGAGCUUAUGCAAUUUCUUUCCAAGCAUAAUGAGCAAGUUAGGAAGGUUGUGUUUGAGAAUGCUCCCAAGAAUCUUAAGUAUACUUCUUCUGAUAUUCAAAAUGAUCUUGUCCGUGCUUGUGCCAUUGAAACUAUAAAUGCAAUCACUAAAGAUAUGGAAGGUGAAUUUUUUUCUCUUUUGGUUGAUGGAUCACGUGAUUCUUCAACUAAAGAGCAAAUGGCGAUGGUAUUGCAUUAUGUGAACAAAAAGGAGAAGCAAUUGAAAAGUUUUUUGGUGUGCAACAUGUCUCCUCUACAACUAGUAGCUCGCUUGAAGAGGCUAUUGAGAUUCUUUGCUAUAACAAAUUUGAGUAUGUCCAAGUUACGGGGACAAGGCUAUGAUGGAGCUAGUAAUAUGAAAGGUGAGCUAAAUGGCCUUAAAACAAAGAUUUUGAACAAGUAUCCUCAAGCAUUUUAUGUUCAUUGUUUUGCACACCAACUUCAACUAGCUCUUGUAGCCGUUACAAAGGGAACUGAGGGUGUUGCCAUUUUCUUCAACAAUGCUAGUAUUUUGGUUAAUACCAUUGGAUCAUCGUGUAAGUGUUGUGAUGCAUUUAGAGAGAAACAACAAGAACAAAUUAAGAAAGCUCUUGAUAUUGGUGAUCUUGAAACGGGUAGAGGGUUAAAUCAAGAGAGUAGUCUCAUGUGUCCUUGUGAUAUACGUUGGAACUCACAUUAUGGUACUAUAGUUAGUAUUAUUGUCAUGUUUAAAGCCGUGGUGGAGGUGCUUGAAUGGAUUAAAGAUGAUACAAACCAAGACAAUUUUGGUGAAACAACUGGAAAAUCAAGGCGUAAAGCUCCAAGACUCACAAACUUCCAUUACUAUUGUGUGGACCUCUAUUUUCAAGUCCUUGAUACACAAUUAAAGCAAUUGAAUGAUCGCUUCGAUGAGGUAAACACCGAGUUGCUUCUUUGUAUGGCAUGUUUGAUUCCGGUGAAUAAUUUUGCAUCUUUUGACAAAGCAAAAAUUGUUCGUCUAGCUCAACUUUAUCCUCAAGAUUUUGAUCGUAUGGACCUCAUGAAUCUUCCAAUUCAACUUGAUAAUUACAUUCACGAUAUGAAAAUGCAUAGUGAGUUUUCAUCAUUGAGAGGAAUUGGUGAUCUUGCAAAGGAGUUGGUGAAGACCGGGAGGUGUGCAAGCUACAUAUUAGUGUAUAAGCUUCUUACAUUGGCUUUGGUGUUACCAGUUGCAACCGCUUUGGUGGAGAGAGUUUUUCUGCUAUGA